AUGGAUAAUUGUUCCGCUGCUCCUGUGUCACUCGCCUUUUACUCAAAGCCGUUAAACUUAAAAUCAUCAACGGUCUUAAUAACAGGUGGUGGUGCUGGUAUAGGUCAUUGUUUGGCUGAAAGAUUUUUAAAAUCAGGUAGUAUAGUGAUAAUAACUGGUAGAUGUGAAGAUCGCUUAAAGAAAGUUAAACAAAAACUAUCCAUAAAUAACAAUGGGAAAAUAUAUUAUCACGCUGGAGAUCUGGCCAGUACAGAAUAUCGUCAUAGGUUGUGUGAAUGGGUAGUGAAGGAAUUUCCGUCUAUAAAUGUUUUAGUAAAUAAUGCUGCAACUCAGCGUAAAGAAACAAUUCUAAAUGAGGGUACAGCAGAAUGGUAUGAACGAGAAAAUGAAAUUCAUGUGAAUCUUUCUGCACCAAUCCAUUUGUCAUCAUUACUGAUACCAUAUUUUUUAAAGCAACAGAAACAAUGCGCGGUUAUUAAUGUAACAACUGGGUUGGCAUUCAUACCAACACCAUACUGUGCUGUUUAUGCUGCAACAAAAGCAGCUCUUCAUAGUUUCACAAUGAGUUUAAGAUUUGAAUUCGAAUCGACAAACAUUCCAUGGUCGAGGAGAAAAACGAAAAAUAAAGAUCCCGAACAAUUAUGCAAUCCACUGUGGGACUAA